GCCCAACGCCACACGAACCUUGUUGCCGGCUCUCGCAUGUGAUGACUGGAAUUCAGCUGCCCACGAUGUGGCCGAGUGUCUUUGCGGAAAUUCAAUCCGUUUCCGUUCCUCGAUACUACAUUUCUCUUUCCCUGCGCGGCGCGGAAGACAGAGCCCCGACUCUCGCGACAUGCACGAUCGUGUUGCGUGCUGAUCAUUUCUAGCUCGCGCUCGUCAUGCUCAAUCCGGUUUCCGCACACCUACGUACCCGUGUUUCCCUUCUGGCCGAUUACCUACCUGCAUCUCUCUAUACGACCUCGCAUGCGCCGUAUUAGCCAGUCAGUCCAUCGAACAUCUGAUCCACAGCGACUGCCGACGUGAUUUGCACGUGUAAAGCGUGCCAACCCACACCGCCUGUCACAUGCUCCGAGAGGAUCCGGUCAGCAUGAGUACACAGUACCAAGUGCCGGCCACGCCGCGAGUGAUAUCACCCUCACCUACCCCAUCCGAAACGAGUGGAAAAGAAGGCUAUUUCCCACCCGUCACUCGCUCACAACGAAACAGCGUGGGCAGAGCGGGUAGUCUUACAGCCGUGGAAACAAUAGAAGAGAAGGAUGAUCCUGCCCAAGACGAAGAUCCAGAACUAUCGCGUGCGCGCAGUCGCAGCAGAAGUCCACAUCUAGUGCGAAGAGAGUCGGCAAAGCAGAUGAACGGCAGCUUCACCACCAGCGCCCGGGCAGGCAUCACGCCGCUCACUCCGCUGCGCAAGAGAACGGAAGCUGCGCCGAAGGGCGGCAAAGCUAAGGGCUUUCUAUCCCCCGAGAGUGCCUAUCCUCGAGGCUUUGGCUCGGCAUAUUGGCGCAACCUGAGUCGCAGUCCGAGUCCGCUCGGUCUCAUUCCCAUCCAUCGCGAAUGGAGAGUCUUCGUCCACAAACACGAGAUCCCCCGGAAACUGCUGCACGUUAGCAUCGGCUUCGGCACGCUCGUGCUGUACUACCAAGGGCUGCAAGUGGAGCAGAUCCACCCCGUCCUCCUCGCCCUCCUCAUCCCAAUCUUCACCAUCGACAUCAUCCGCUUCCGUUGGGAAGCCGUCAAUAGGCUGUACAUCAAACUCCUGGGCUCCUUCAUGCGGGAAAGCGAAGCGCAUGAUCGGUUCAACGGUGUCAUUAGCUACCUUGCCGGCCUCUGGUUCACCAUGCGAUUCUGUCCAAAGGAUGUGGCGGUCAUGAGUGUGCUACUGCUCAGCUGGUGCGACACCGCUGCCAGCACUUUCGGCAGACUAUGGGGCAAAUACACACCUCGGAUUCGAAAAGGGAAGAGUUUAGCGGGGAGUCUUGCGGCGUGUAUGGUCGGCGUGCUCUCUGCUAUUCUCUUUUAUGGAAUCAUUGCGCCGGCUACGGGCGGUGUCUACGAUACGGGCCCGGACAGCUUCGCUUUUCAAGGCUCCCUUACACUGCCUUUACGACUUCGUGAGCAGUUGGGUGUCGGCAAAGCAAACGCUACCGUCAGCGGCUGGAUUGCUCUGGCGCUGAUGAGUGUCGUUUCCGGGCUAGUGGUCAGUGUGAGCGAGGCGGUGGAUCUCUUCCACCUGGACGACAAUCUGACGAUACCUGUUCUGUGUGGAAUUGGGCUCGGAGUGUUUCUGAGAGUGUUUGGUGCCGGGUAGAUGAUGUUCAUAGCGUGGCAAAAUGCAUAUAUUCCCUAUUCUGUCC